UGCGCAGUUGGUGAUGCUAUCUGUAGACUGUUGGUAUUUUGGCAGGUCCCAAGAAAGCACAGCUUGACAGUGUACGCAGCACCACACCAUAAACAUGUUGAGAUGCACGAUGAUACAGUGCCACUAGAGCCCCAAAAUGGACUAUACGCACUGGCUUCCACGGUAAUGAUCACUCACCAAAAACAUCACGCAGCAUCGAAACAAGCAAAACAAGAUACGACCGACCGCGGAGAGGCUGGUCAUUGUGAAAAACCCCUUGAGGCAGUGGUAGAUCAAUCUGGCUCAAAGAAUCGAUCGCUUCGCUUUCAUUCGUCCUACUCAUCGAUUGUUUUCUUGAAUGCCGAUAGCGACCGGAGCGAAAUCCCGAUUCUGAACCCAGUCAAAUUUCUUAUCUUUACUAGGUCCCUCCCUCCACUCCUGAUCUACAUCUACCAGAUCGAUUGAAUUGAAUUCAGUCUUGAUUGUCUCUUUUCCGAAUUUGAAACUCGCAUCUUUUGAUCUCCUUGCUAGAAACUUGCACAAAGCAGCAAGGCUGGGCGACGAGCACGAGCUGUAGUACAUCGGGGGCUCUCAAUCGGACAAGAACAUCAUCAUGGUGUUUGCGUGGUACCAGGCAAGGCUCGCAGCCCGGCCGCUGCUGACUCAGAGCAUCACAACAGCAGUGCUGUUCGCCACGGGAGAUAUCACGGCCCAGCAGCUGGUCGAAAAGAGGGGUCUUGAGAAGCAUGACUUUGUCCGCACCGGCCGCAUGUUUGCCUAUGGCGGCAUAAUCUUUGGACCCGCGGCCACUACUUGGUUCGGCAUCCUGCAGCGCCACGUUGUGCUCAAGAACGCCAACGCCACUAUUCUGGCUCGCGUCGCCGUCGACCAGGGCCUUUUUGCGCCGACCUUUGUCGGUGUUUUCCUCAGCUCCAUGGCCAUUCUGGAGGGCUCGAGCCCGCAGGAGAAGCUAAAGUCGACCUAUUCCACCGCCUUGACGUCCAACUACAUGCUGUGGCCGUUUGUGCAGCUGGUCAACUUCAAAUUCGUUCCGCUGCACCAUAGGGUCCUCUUUGUGAAUGUCAUCUCGAUUGGCUGGAACUGCUAUUUGAGCUUCCUCAACAGCGGUGCACCGAAUAAGAUUGAUGAAGUAAUUGAAGAAGGGGAGGAGAAGGUUGAGGAAUUGAUCGAAAAGGUCAAGAACUGAACAUGAUAGGAAUUCCAGUAUCUGUGGUUUGAGAUACAUACACGAUCAUGCUGUAUAUUGAGCUUAAUUAGACUGGAUUUCUGCUCCGUAGACGGUUAUUAUUUACGGGACAAGGAUACAUAACCUUGAUCCUUGAAGUUUGACGAGAUUCCGCUUCGAC